CCUUAGGGUUCGUUCUCUCUGUACACUGUUGCAAGAAAGAACAAAUUAGCUCGAGCUUAUGCCCAGCGAUAAAACGUUUUCCAGAAAUUACCGACUUUGCCUACGAUUACAUUUUCAUGCUUACCCAUUUCUCAAAUUCAAACAUUCGUAUUAGGGUUUCCGUACAUUUUUCUGCUUCUGUGCCUGUACUUUUUUAGGGUUUAUAUACAUCUUUCUCUGCUUAUCGAGAAGCCUGCAUUUGCAGUAACCAUGGUUGAUGCAGAGCAAGUAGUGGAAGGUGAUGCAUCAAGCUGUCUAAUAGAUCAGCUUGGUAAGGCAUUACUGGAACUAAAUGCUCACAAGGAUACGUCUGAGGGCAGGGUUCAGUGGACAGAAAUUGAAGAGUACUUCCACAACCUUGAAACAACACUGAAGAAGAGAUUUGAAGAGCUUGAAGUCAAGGAGAAGAAAUUUGAGGAGCAGGAAGCUGAAACCUGUGCUUUGCUUAUGGAGAGAGAGGAAGCUGUUACUGCUAAGGAGCAAGACCUGUUGGAUCGAGUGCAGGAGCUAAAAGAUGCUGCAGUUGCUGCUAUUGCAGAGGCACAAGCUAUUCACCAGCCAACAACUUCAGAACCCGUGGAGGAUGGGGAUAACAAAAACAGCAAGGUAAGCAGCUCUCUCGGUGAUACAAAUUCACCAGAGGAGGAAUUUCCUCAUAAAACAGUUGAUAAUGCUGAGGGUGUGGCUCUUGAGGUUAAGCCACGCCCAGAGCUGACCCAAUUUUGUGAGCAGAUGGAUGCAAAAGGGCUUCUGAGUUAUGCCACUGAGAAUCUUAAAAAACUAAGCGUUAUUCGUGAGGAACUUUCUCUUGCACUAGAAAGUGCAGGUGAGCCAGCACGUUUAGUGCUGGAUUCACUGGAGGGGUUUUACCCUCCUGAUGAGACUAACCAACCAGAGGGUAAGAAGGAUGCUGCCCUUCAGGGCAUGCGCAGAUCCUGUCUCAUGUUUAUGGAAGCCAUGGCCACCUUAUUGGCAAAGGCUGACCCAGGUGCUGAUCACCUUUUGAACCCUGAGACCAAGCAGCAAGCCAAAGCAAUUGCUGAUGAGUGGAAGCCUAAGUUGGCUAGUGCAGGCAUUGAUGCUGCCAAUGGAAAUUCAUUGGAAGCAGAGGCAUUCUUGCAGCUCCUCGCAACUUUUAGUAUUGCUUCAGAGUUUGAUGAAGAAGAACUCUGCAAGCUUGUUCUUGCAGUUGCUCACCGCAGGCAGACACCUGAGCUCUGCCGCUCCCUUGGGUUAACACACAAAAUGCCAGGUCUUGUUGAAUCAAUGGUCAGAAGUGGGAAACAAAUUGAUGCUGUUCGUUUUAUUCAUGUCUUCCAGCUUACUGAAAGUUAUCCCCUUGUGCCACUUCUGAAGACGUACUUGAAAGACUUGAGGAGAAAUUCCCAAGGCGACAACACGGGAGAUGCUACUGGUGCACAGGAUGAUGUUAAUGCAAAAGAACUUACUGCACUGAAGGCUGUAAUAAGAUGCGUUCAAGAGUACAAGCUUGAAGAGGACUACCCCCUUGAUCCACUGCAUAAGAGGGUGGUUCAACUAGAGAGAUCCAAAGCUGAUAAGAAGAGAACUGGUGAAUUUGGUAAACGCCAACAAGUAAAGAAGCAGAAAGGCAGUGGAAGAUGGCGUGGAUACCGUGGCCCUGGUGCUGCUGCUGCCCCUGCCCCCGCUGCUGGUAGGCAUGUGCAACCAGUUUUUGGUGAGAGGGCAGCAUAUGCUGGGAUAUCGGAGAGGUAUGCUCUUGCGGGUCCACGUGCCUAUGAUUACCAAGUUCCCAGCCAGCCUGCAUAUGCUUCACAAGCUAAUGAUCAAAGGUUAUAUUACUAUCCUUCCCAAGAUGACAGAGUUCCACCAGCAUCUUAUAAUGCUACUCCUCCUAAUUAUGGCAGUUACGCCGGUAGUGGGUUGCCUUCGCAACACCAGCCGUACAUGUAAUCUACGUAUGCAAGUAUUGUAGAAUAGUAAGCCAGCGUAUGGCAGAAGGCAGGACAAACACAUCGGAUAACCAUUUUGCUUCUCCUAUGUAGGCUUGUAUUUUGAUAUGCCUUGCACA